ACUUGCCUUUCGUUUCUGCAUUCAGUACGAGUCUCGUCUGUCUGGAUGAAAGCAGAGGAGAGGGAUAAUGUGUUGCGUUUAAGUGGACGAAUUAAGCAAUCUAAUGCAAAAUAAUUUCUUUCUGAACCUGGACCUUUUUAACAAUGCACACUUGGCGGAGCUACGUCGCCAUUAUAUUUGUACUUGUUUGGUACUUCUCAGAGUUUGGACAAAUAUGGACACAAGCCUUCUUUUGUUUUUUAUGCUUUUUAAAUUUCCCUUUCAAAAAGCAAGACCGUGAAACAAGCACUCAGACGGAUGAUACAUCUGAAGAAACAGAACGACAGAAAAAGAAAGGUCACCAUGUUGGUGUCACUGAUGAGAUUGAUGCUACCAGAACUGGACAAACUGUGUCUCAGGCAAUGCAAUAUCCAAAUGUACAGAGGUCACUUCUCCAGGUCUUUAAAUGUGCCUAUGCUCACCUGGUCCAGCCGUGGUACACGGUCCCAGAAUUUGGCGACAGUCAGCCCCUUCAUAGGACACUACAGAGGGAGUUUAACCUGGUUGUCGAGAGAGUCAUUUGCAAGGCAAUGAACUUCGAUCUGUCUGUUACCAGUGUGGGUUGUAUUAGGAUCUUCACUCAGCACCUGCGUAAUGCAAAGCAGUCAGAUGGUUCUCCAGUGUUCGGUUCAAGAUCUGAGGAGAUGGCAGUCCUCAGAACCUUCUCUGAAGCUCUGGUGCGAAACCUUUUUCCUGAGUACCUUUGGGAAGCAAAACUCUACCGGUGUGUCCUAAUUGAGAUUGUUGCUACAAAAGCUCUUGAUGUGCUUGUGACAUGCCUCUGUAAUCCAGACAACCUGAAUCAGAUGGUAGUUUUGCAGCUGGAUAGAGUAACCUCUAAAAGCUCAACAGGAGACCUGCUAAACUCAGAUAGGGAAGGCAGACCAUCUUCUGUGGGAAGUGAAGAAGCAGAAGUAUUGACAGAUGAAGCAGAGGAUGCUCGGUCUGUAGACAGAAAAGAAAAGAAGAAGGGCAAUAGGAUCAAAGAACGAUUUUCUAAAUUUGUUGAUAAGGUCAAGCCAAAGAAAGCCAAAAAGAAAAAACAUAAGAAGGAGCAAGAGCUUUUACAGAGGGCUUUAUCGUCACGAAGAUCUGCUGUUAUUGAAGAUGAUGGUGCAAGCAGCAGAGAGGGCUCCAUUAAAAGCUGCAUGGACUCGGAUUAUGACAGUGAAACGGAUGUUUACCUAACAACAAAUGUCCAAGAGGAUAUGAUGGAGUUUAAGCUUUCCUAUGAGAUGUGGCGGGUGGGGAAGUGGGCAGUCCGUGUUACAAAUGUUCAGAAGGAAAAUGAAGAGCUGUGUUUCACGGUUCACCUGGAGGAGAGAAAUAACCCUGAGAAUCUCAACUGGGAUGUGAAAAGGACCCAAUCAGAUAUACUUCAUUUCCACAGCCUCUGGCAAGUGAGAGAGGAAAUGGAUAGUUCAACUUUACCCUCUGUAUCUGCAAUAGUAGAGAAAACAAAGAAGGAUCUUGAUGGUGCAUAUGCAGAAGAAGUUAGAUCAGCCUUGGAGCACUUUUUGCAAGAGCUGGUUUCUGAUGCACAACUUGGUCACACUCAGCCUGUAUUCCAGUUCUUGUGUCCCAUUGCACAGCUGUUGAGUAAUAAGGAACAUAAAGGAGGUGUCUGGAGUUUUCUGAAUGGACUUGCAAGCUUUCUUACUCCUGGCCAAGAUGAGGAUGAGUCCCAUAACCCCAGAGGAGAAGAUAAGCUUGAUGAAGCAGGAGCCUCAGGACAUCACAGUGGACCAAUAGCACAGCCAGCCUGCAUCGACACAGAUGAAGAGCCAAAGGAGGGCAUUGUAGAAGGGCCAAUAGCUACAAACGUUAGGUUUUGUAACCCUCGUGAAGAGACUGACACCUUCAGAAAUAGAGAACCGGAUAUGGAAGAUCAGACCUCUGAUGAACAGGAUGGGGUUUCAGAUGGACAGGAGAGUCUUGCUGAAAGUUUCGAUGUCUUUGUUAAUAGGUCAAAAUUAGUUAGUCCUUCAGGACACUCCAAUGAUAUCUCAAGCUCAGUCAUGAACCAUACUGAAGGCGUAGAGUCUGACUCAGAUGACGGCUUUAGAAGUAUUCAGUCUGGGGAGAAAACAAACAAAAAAGAAAAGUUAACUCACAAAAAGUCAAAUGGAUCACAAAAGUUCAAAGUAAAAGAGAAAACUGGACAGCUCAAGGAAGAGAUGGCAAAUCAGCCACAGGCUCAGAAAAAGGAGCCUCAGACCAACUGGGAGCAAGUCGAGGCUACAAAAGCCAUAUUUGAGUUACUUAAGGAAAUAACUGGUAACUCAGUCCUCAUUAACAUUGUUGAUGCCAUUCUAAAAGCAGUCCAGCCUUUGUUAAAAAAGAAAAUAAACAACUUUUUAAAAAGGAUGCAUCCCACCGAAGCUCAUAUUGCAUCCUAUAUUGACAAUUUCCAGGAGAAUGUAUGGCCAGAGGGAAAUGUGCCCAUCCAGCCGCCACGUGACAGUGAGGAGAAACACGCGACCAAGGAGAAGGCUUUGCAGCUUAUAAAUUCAAAAUAUUCAAACGCUUUAAUCCUCAAGAAGACUGAUGUUGAAACUUUGUUCAAGAUCUUCCAGGACACAGAGGAGAACAAGAAACUGGUUUAUAUGCUGCUGUCAUACGUUCUAGGGGAGUUCCUUCCUGGAGAGCCUGCCUUCGGUUCAAUAGCUAAUCUAACAGUUAAGGAUUUUGUUUCCUAAUAGAAAGAAGAUAUUUUUUAUGUUUUUUAAUGUUCAUGCUUUGAGAAGCAUGAACGCUGAUAUUUUUACUUAACAAAAAUGCUAACCUCAGCAUUUUAACAAAUACACUGUAAUUAUGUUUCACUUCAACAAUGUUACAAUAUCUUGGGUGUAAAUUUUAAACUCAUAUUUUUUUUUAAAUAUCACUAUAUGUAAGUUUUUGUUUUGUACCUUAAAAUUGUACACUGUGAAGAACACGCAAUUUUAAUAAACAGCACAGGUUACUCAGGAAAAAAAGAUAAAGUCAUUGUGAUACUGAUCAAAAUUUUACAACAAGACUUAAUCCACACCAGGUCGAUCUGUGAGGAAUGU